CUGAGCAUAUGGCGACCUGAAUCCUUCAAGGAGACGCAAUCGAAGAGUGGCACUAUUUCCAGAUCCUAAGCUGCUGGUAUGCAAUCUAUCUUAGCAACAUAAACACAAACUCACAUACACGACAGUCUGAGCGCAACGAGUCCUCGAGAAACCAUCAGCACGUACAUCAGGUCAUCACUGGCAAAAAACACAAAUAUGCGCCCUCCAGUAGCGCUGACGCAGACUCACAGAACUCGGUGUAGCCCCUUCUUACGUUUAUGUUAAUUUCUCCGACCCCACAGAAAAUCUCUCGUUUCGGCGCGACACGCGAUGGUAUCUGUAAUCUGACAUAACACAAAACAUGCGAAACGUGGGGUAAGUUGUUUCGAAAGAGGUUGAGCUCACGUGGAUUGGGGUGAGCAGUGAGCAGUGAGCACUAGAUUGGGGUGUAAUCGCCGACUACCGUAUAUUGUCAUGUUUUUGAUGAUUGGUUGAUGAUGGUGCAUUGUUUGGAGUGGGUUAUGAUGGUUGUAAUUAUGGAUAUGGUCAUGAGUAUGUCUUUUGUGAUAAAGAGGGAGGUAGACAGAAGAGACGUAACGACGGAUAGACAGUCUUUAAAGGGAAGCAAAUGCACGUUCAUCUUGACGAGCG